GGCAAAGAGCAGGUACAGUGUCGGAAGAUUCCAGAUAGUACAGAGGACACGCCUCUCCUUAGAAAGCAACCUGUAUUAUGAACACAUUUGCUGAUGUGGACUUUUGUCAUAUGUCUGAACAGUCCUUAGUGAAAGCUGAAAGGUAAUACCAUGUUUUUUUUUAUUCAUGAGUUAAUACAUGGCUUGCUGAUUCAGGGUGAUAUUUAAAGUUUUUUUUUUAUGUAUUCAAAGGAUGUGAUGCUUAGGGGUGGUCAUUUGUGAAUGCAAUACCCUUUAUAGUCCUAAAAUGUGGAAGUGUGUACACAGUGUGUGCAUGUGCAUUGCUGCAUCACUUUAAACUGUCCUCCCAAAAAGCACUUCCUACUUUGUCAUCUUCACAUCAGACUCGGUGGCUCUGUCUAACUGGUACUAAGGUUUUUGCUGUUCUAACUCGGCACGAUGGAGAUACAGCCCGACAGGCAGCUAGUGCUGGCUGUCUGCAUCAUCACCUUUGUCUUUGGGUUCCCGGCCAACAUCCUGGCACUCUUCACCUUCAUCAAGAAGGUGCGUCAGAAUCCAACGCCCGUGGACAUCCUGCUGCUGAACCUUACCGUGUCCGAUCUGCUCUUCCUGGUGUUCCUGCCUUUCCGCAUGAAGGAAGCUGUAGACGACAUGAAGUGGAACAUGCCCUACUUCUUCUGCCCGUUAUCAGGGUACAUCUUCUACACCACCAUCUACAACAGCACCUUGUUUCUCACUGCCAUCUCCGUGGAGCGCUACCUCGGUGUUGCGUUCCCCAUCAAGUACAAGCUGAAACGGAGGCCCUUCUAUGCCGUGGUCUUUGGGUUCGUGGCGUGGGCUAUCUCCAUGGCGCACUGCAGCAUCGUCUACAUCAUGCAGUACUACGACCACACCAACAAGACGGCCAUCGAGCCGUCAGAGCGUGACACGUGCUACGAGGAGUUCACGCCAGCCCAACUGAAGAUCCUGCUGCCUGUGCGGCUGGAGCUGUGUAUCGUGCUCUUCUGCAUCCCCCUGCUCAUCUGCUCCUUCUGCUACAUCAACUUCAUCCGCAUCCUGUCCCGGCUGCCCAACAUCACAGCGCACAAGCGCUACCGGGCCAUUGGCCUGGCCGCUGGCACCAUGCUGGUGUUCCUGGUCUGCUUCGGGCCCUACAACCUCUCCCAUGUGGUGGGCUUCGUCUACUGGAGGAGCCCGUGGUGGCGCAAGAUCGCCGUGCUCACCAGCACCUUAAACGCCUGCAUGGACCCCUUCAUCUACUACUUCUCCUCCUCGGCCCUGCGGAGCACGUUCAGGCACGUCAUGAGGAGCAUGGUGGACAGGCUGCACCUGUGGUGCUGCUGCAGGGCAGUCUACUGUCCCUUGUUGACCUGCACAGAUGCGGACGAGCGCACACAAAGCUCCAAUGAUAGCUCACGCUAGGACUGCGGACGAGCGCACACAAAGCUCCAACGAUAGCUCACGCUAGGACCACAUUUUUUCCUCAACUUAUGGAGAUAUUUAUCCUCUUGAAGGUCAUAUUAUGAACAUUUUACUACUAAGAUUUCUAAGGGUUUGUUGAAGGGUAUUGUAUAAUGUAUAAUGUAUAAUUUAUUUACCCUGUGUGUUCAAUGGUUGUGCUGGCACAGUCAUCCUGUUCUUCUUCUUGUUCUUGCUUGUUUAUUUCAAUAGUCUGUUAACGGAUGUAGGACACCUUGCAACAUGUGUUAUGAUCGCAGAUUUCCUUCCCCCUACAGAGGCAAACACGGCCUACAAAGACUCUGUUCUGAGUCUGUUGCAAUUUUAUAUAAUGAAUUUAUAUCCAUAAAAUAAUUUACCUAAAUGUAUGUCAUGUUGUCUUAUAUCUCAUGUUGACACUUAUGUUAGGAUACAGUAUCUUUAUUUUUAAAUAUAAUUUACACAUUAAUAUAGAGCAGGUUACAUUGCAACCGGAAAGUUUUCAGACCCUUUCAAGUUUUCCACCUUUUGUUAUGUUUCAGAUUCCUAAAAUGGAUUCAAUUCCAAUAACCAUCAGUGCAGCUCAGUGCCUGGUUUCUUCCACACACAUCGUUGGGAAUUGUGGUCAAGUUCAAUCUUUUUCAUCGGUUUUCAAAGGUUUUUUACUUGUCAUGGUCUCAGAGUCGUUCGGGUGCUUUUUGGAAAACUCUCGGCAAAAAUGGCUUUCAUCUGGCCAUUCUACCAUACGCCUGAUUGGUGGAGUGCAGCACUGAUGGUUGUACUUCUGUAAGCUUCUGUCAUCUUCACAAAGGAACUCUGGAUCUCAUUCAUAGUAACCAUUGGGUCCUUGGUUACCUUGAUUACCUUGGUUACCUGUCUGACCAAGGCCCUCUGUCUUGGAUUACUCGGGUUGGCUGAGUGGCCAGAUCUAGAAAGACUGUUGGUUUUUCCAAACAUUUCCAUUUGAGAAUGAUGGAGGCUCUCUCGGUACUUUCAAUGCUGCAGAAAUGUUCUUGUACCCUUCCCCAGAUCUUGACACAAUCCUGUCUUGCAGGUCUAUGGAAAAUUCUCUCGACCUUGUGGCUUGGUUUUCACUUUGACAUACAUCAUCAACUGUGAGACCUAGACAGAUGUGUGUAGGCACAGGUGGACUCCAAUCAUGUUGUAGAAGCAUCUCAAGGAUCAUUAAUAGAAAUUGAAUGCACCAGAGCUCAAUUGCAAAUGUCAUAACAAAUACUUAUGUAAAUGGGAUAUUUCAGAUAAAAUUAUUUUAUAUAUACAUUUACAAAACACUUCAAACAUCUGCUUUUGUGGAGUAUUGAAUUAUUGUGAUUGAAUCCAUUUUAAGAUGAGUCUGAAACAUAGCAAAAUGUGAAAAACUAAAGGGUCUGAAAACCUUCCGGUUGCACUGUAGAUAACAUAUGGGGCAUUAUAAGAGUUCAGAUGACAUAUCCAGGGGCAUUAUAAGAGCACUAUACUAAGACUAAAAUAGUAUCAACUCUGCUGAUAAUGUUGUAGCAGAUAAUCAAACAACCAGACAGCAUGAUUUUUUUUAUUUAUUUUUUUUUAUUUUUAUUUUUUUAUUUUGUCAAUCAGCAUCGUUUCUAGGCUCAGUGCAUCUUUUCACAGGUGAGAUCAUUUAAAUGCACUUUCAAACAGAAGCAGAGACAUCAGUACUCCAAUCAGAUAAGAUCAGAUCCAAUUACUACCCUUUUAUCUCCCUGCCAACCAGAUGAAUACUGACAAAAAUACGAUUUCACAAAAAUAGUAAAAUACUAUUAUGCUUUGGUCAGCAGAUAUAGAGUUAUAGAGAAGUUUCACUUCUUUUCCGCAUAUUUCUUCCUCUUUUUUAUUUGAGAGAUAAAUGUUCUCCAGCCAUCUUUAGGGCAAUUCCCCAGUUUGUCAUUUUUUUUAUUUCCCAGUCUUUGUCAAUCGCUUUUGCGGUCAUCCAGUAAAUUUAUCAACCGAUUAAAUCAUCCAGUAGUAAAUGUAUCAACCGAUUAAAUCAUGUAAAUGAUUUUGCUGUCAUCCAGUAGUAAAUUUAUCAACCGAUUAAAUCAUGUCAAUUAUUUUGCUGUCAUCCAGUAGUAAAUUUAUCAACCGAUUAAAUCAUGUAAAUUAUUUUUCACUGGAGUUAUCAUACAGUAGAUAUCCAUACAUUCAUAUGUGUUACCUGGGUCUCAUUUCAAUAAAAUACUUUU